CAAGGAUGGAUGUGUUUACGUUUGGUUACCACUGUUUGAACCAUUUUCACACAAUGGCUCUUUGUUCACAACUUCAGAACCUCUCUUCAUUAAUCUCUCCACACGGCAUCACCACCACAACCACAAAGGCACCAACACGGCGUCAUGUGGUGGUUCAUGCGGCAGCUUCCGACACAACAACCUCCCUUCAAGCUAGUAGCUAUGAAGAAGGAAAGCUGGUAAGACCAAAAUGGACUGGAGAGACUCCUCUCUCUCGCAUGGUUCGAGCUCUUAUAUCUUUCAAGCCUUUAUACUCUAUCCUCAAGCUUGGUGCUAGACAAGUUUUUAUAAGUACAGCUGAGAAAAACAACAUACCUUGGAGGGAAAUGACAAAAGAGAUUUUGGAGUCACAAGUUUAUAAGGAGUUGGAUAGCAUUCAAAACCAAUCUUUAGUCUACCCUGAUUAUUAUUUGAAUCCAUUUCAUGCAUAUGAUGAAGGGAAUCUUACAUGGCUGGCAGCAGCAGAAGCCGAGGCUGCUACUAAGUCAAUGGUAAGACGAGCGAUUCCUACCGCUUCAUCAGUAGAAGAAGCGACGCAGAUAAUGCGUGGCAAUUGGCUUAAUGCAAUUGAACAACAUCAUCUACAGCAUUCACAAACAUCUAUGAUUGGUGACAUUCUAGACAUUGGAUGUUCUGUGGGAGUAAGCUCAAGAUUUCUUGCGGACAAGUUCCCUACGGCCAAUGUCAUUGGGCUAGAUAUGUCACCCUAUUUUCUAGCUGUGGCCCAGCAUAAGGAAAAGAGCGGAACACCUAGAAAAAAUCCUAUAAAAUGGAUACAUGCAAAUGGGGAAGACACGGGCUUGCCUUCUAAAUCAUUUGAUCUUGUGUCUAUUUCUUAUGUGUUUCAUGAAUGUCCUGCAAGAGCCAUAGUGAAUGUAGUAAAGGAAGCAUUCCGUCUCCUUCGACCUGGAGGCACGUUUGCUAUGACAGAUAAUUCGCCAAAGUCAAAGGUCCUACAGGAGUUGUCUCCUGUCCUGUUUACAUUGAUGAAGAGCACAGAACCCUUUCUUGACGAGUACUACUUGACCGAUAUGGAUGAAACACUGAGGGAAGCUGGUUUUGUGAACAUAAAAUCAAUUCUUACCGACCCUAGGCACGUAACUUUAACGGCUACUGUGCCUCAAUGAAACAUCUUGGGAUUUUGUUUCCUUUAAAACUUUUUGGAAUACACAAACAACUUUAAGUUUAAUGAAAGGUUUUACUUGUUAGGAAGCUUUAUUUGGUUGUUUUUUGCUUUGUUCUUUGGUUAGCUUGAAUGGUGUAUGAUCAAGAAUAAUAGAUUAGGAAUGAUGUUUAAGAAGGAUAAGCAAACGUACAUAAUAAGAUAAUACUGUACUUCCGAAUGUUAGAAUGGAUGUGCAUCUUAAGGGGACAACAAAAUAUUCUUUGUCUGUCUUACGUUAAAAGCUUUAAA